AUGGACUUGUUGAUGGACAGGGAAGAACUCGAGAUCUUCACUGAUCAGCGAAAGAAUUCCCUCCCUCCAAAACUCCAAGGCUCCAUCCAUGUCACCGUGCCUCAAUUCUUCUACCCUUACCCUUCGGCUUCUCUCCCAUUUUUUGCGCCAAGCUCCCCAGCCAACAACCUCCAGUCUCCUUCGUCCUACUUUGGGAAACCUCAACUCCCUAUGGAGUAUCAACCGUGGCACGGCUCCACACUGGAUUUCCGCUUUCGUUUGCGGGAGAUCACCUCCUUUCCCCUAGCCCGUCUAUCCUUGCGAGGCGUAACGCUCCCAGGGGCUCACUAUAUUAUGUCCGAGCGGUCGCGAGUCGACCCGGCAGUUCGAAGCCGAACGUGGCGCGAGGACGGCACGAGGGUGCUACGUCCCGAAAAGCUGGGGUUCGGGAUCCCCAGCCGCUUUUUCCACGUUUUGCAGAUCGGCCCGUGGAUGCGGCCUCUCAUGUCUGUGAAGCUGGGCAGCCAUAAAACGAAGAUGCAGGCUCUAUGA